AAUAUCCACCACCACCAUCCCCAUCUCCCACCCUAUCCUUCUGAUCCCAACCAACCAAAAACAAAACAAAAAUUCAAGGCUUGUGAUUUUCUUUACCCCCAAAAGCUCACCUUUGGUCUUCACUCUUCAACCAAUGGACAGCAACCAGCAAGCUCAGUCUUCCUCUUACCCACCUCAACCUCCCACUUCUGUUAUUACCCCUACUACUUCCUCCACCACUACCACCACGGGCACCGCCACUCCUCCUCAUCCUUUCCACCACCUCCUCCAACAGCAGCAGCAGCAACUCCAAAUGUUCUGGUCUUACCAGCGCCAAGAGAUCGAGCGAGUUAACGACUUCAAGAACCACCAACUUCCUCUUGCCCGCAUCAAAAAGAUCAUGAAAGCCGAUGAAGAUGUCCGCAUGAUAUCCGCUGAAGCUCCCAUUCUCUUCGCCAAAGCUUGCGAGCUUUUCAUUUUGGAACUUACCAUCCGCUCUUGGCUUCACGCCGAGGAGAACAAGCGACGGACGCUUCAGAAGAACGACAUCGCUGCGGCGAUUACCAGGACCGACAUUUUCGAUUUCCUGGUGGAUAUUGUGCCCAGGGACGAGAUCAAGGACGAGGCUGGUUUGGGUGGGAUGGUGGGGACCACCACUAGUGGUGUGCCGUACUUUUAUCCUCCCAUGGGUCAGCCUGCUGGUGGUCCUCCUCGACCUGGUGGGAUGAUGAUUGGGAGGCCUGCCGUUGAUCCCACCGCUGGUAUUUACGCUCAGCCUCCUUCCCAGGCUUGGCAGAGCGUUUGGCAGACCGCCGGGGCUGAUGAUGGGUCCUAUGGUAGUGGAGCUAGCAGUGGUCAGGGGACUCUUGAUGGACAAGGCUAAGCAAUUCAUUGGUCCGAUAUGGUGCUUGGUGGCUAGGCAAAUGCGCGGAGCUCGGGUGAUCUACUAGGAAUUUUGUUUGCUUAUGAUUUAUGAAUGCACCUGUUAGUGUGAUGACUUACUAGAAACGUGUCAAGACCUCAACUCAUUCAGCGUAGCGAAACAAUUGCUUGAAGCUAUGACUUACCUAAUCAUAUCUAAUAUGCAGUUCUGGGUUUAUCCCCUCGUUGUGUUGUAAAGGAUGAUUAUGUUUAUCUUAUAUGAAUGGAGUCUCAUCCUUUCUUUUUUGGAGAAUGACUUUCUCAUUCAUUUCCCAUGGGAUUCAAGCUUGAAGAAUCAUUUCUGUUCAUAUGCUUUUU